AACACUAGUUUCUCCUUCGAGCUGCAGAAACUUUUAACAACUUUCCUGUUUUGUCACCUUUUCCUUCUCCAUGAGUGAGAAGAUGGACACGGUGAGCAGCUGGCUGGCCUCGGUGUUCGGGGACCAGCCGGUUCCUCAGUUCGAGGUGAACACCAGGACCGUGGACGUGUUGUUCCAGCUCAGCCGCUGCAGUGAGGCUCGCUGCGGGGACACGGCUCUGCUCAUAGAGGACCUGAGGCAGAAGACCUGCGAGUACCAGGCGGAUGGUUCACAUCUGCAGGAAGUUCUUCUCCAAGGUGUGGGCCUGUCCAGUGCCAGCCUCUCAAAGCCUGCUGCAGACUACCUGUCGGCUUUAGUGGACAAUGCUAUGGUGCUCGGAGUGAGGGACACAUCAUUGGACAGCUUCAUGCCGGCGGUGAACCACCUCACCAACGAGCUUCUGGAAGCAGAGAAGUCCAACAGACGACUGGAGAGGGAACUCAAAGCGCUCAGGAAGCUUAUCGGAACCACUCUGGUUCUGCGCAGCACUUUACAGGAGGAUAUCAACAAAAGUGUGAAAGCUCAGGCAGCGGAGGGCGCUAAAGCAGAGGAGAGGCUCCUCAACAUGGACUUUGUGACGGCGAAGGCCAAAGAGCUGAACAACAGACGGGAGAGGGCCGAGGCUCAACUUGUGUCGAGGAACAUGGACAAGUCCAUCAGCCACCAGGCUGUUGUGCAGCUCUCUGAGGAAGUCGCCGCUCUGAAGCAAGAAAUUAUCCCCAUGAAAAAGAAACUGGUGCCGUACAUGGAUCUCAGCCCAAACCCGUCUCUUGCUCAGGUGAAAAUAGAAGAAGCAAAGAGAGAAUUGGCUGCUGUUGAUGCCCAGCUUGAGAUGAAUGUGGACUUCAAGUGAAGAUGCUUUGUAAUUUAUAAUAUUUAUAGUUUUGAGCCGGAGCUUUUCUGUCCAUGUUGAAAUAAU